GCCAUGAGUAAGACAUGAUUCCAUUUUCUCCUCUCACAGGAAGACCAAAACACAGAGUGAAGAGGAAAAAAUCUUCAACUGAGAGAUGAAUCCGAUAUUGACUACAGUGGGAGCAGUGGCUGCCGUUGCCAAAGUAGCUUCGACGGCAUACUACUAUGCAGAGCAUUUUGGAGUCCUUAAUAGAGAAUCAAAAGCCGAUCAAGCAGAAACAAGAUCAGUGGAAGCUGCGGAGAAACAAUCUGCUGAUGUUGGUUUCUUGUUGAGUAGAAUUCCAGUGUUCCAUGGGAGUGGAUAUGAGAUUUGGAGCAGCAUGAUGAAGACCUUUUUUGUGUCCCAAGAUCUUUGGGACAUGGUGGAAGGGGGCUAUGUAGAAGAAGAGCUGACUGUUGAGGUUUUACGAGAAGUUCGAAAGAAGGAUGCCAUGGCUUUGCUUUUUAUCCAGCAAGCUAUUGAUCAAUCCUUUUUCUCUUGCAUUGCUGGUGCCCGCAAAUCAAAAGAAGCUUGGGAUGCACUGGCAAAUAAGUACCAAGGACCCCAAGGUGAUAUGUUGGAACUGAAUCAACAGAGUCCUGUGGAUUUGUCUUGCCCUGCUGAUGCAAUUGAAUCCAGAGAAGAAGCCCGGGAUGCACUAGAAGUGGAAUCUCGAGGUUAUACAGAUGAACCAAAUCGAAAGAAGGCUGUGGAUGAAUUGGUUUUGUCUUACGCUGCUGAUGCAACUGAUCCGAAAGAAGUUGCUCGGGAUGCACCCGAACAGGGAAAUAAAGCUAAUACUAAGGUUGUGGAGGCUAACAGAAUUGGGGUAGAGUUUGGAGAUUUCAACCGCAAUUGUGGCUUUAAGGAAUGGUGCAGUUCAAAUUCCGACAGUGGAUGGGGUGGAGGCAGCGAUGAUAGGCACGUUAAAAUGAGUUAUUCUGAUAAUAGCACUCCUGUGGCUGAAAGUGCUUUCCAUAGCAAGCUAAAGCUCUCCGAGGAUGGAAUUGGGAAAGAAUCUGGAGAUGUCAAAAACAACAAUUCUGGCUCUAAGAAAGGCUCCAAUCGUGGAGGUCGAGGUGGUAGAAACUGUGGACGCUUUAACAACAAUCGGGGAGGUCGUGGAGGGCGAGAUGGUGAAUGCUCUAACAACCAAGGAUUUCACGGAGGCACAGAGAAUGGAGACUUUAACAAUAGUCCGGGAGGUCGUGGAGGCCAAGGCAGUGGACACAUUAACAACAACCGGGGAGGUCGUGGAGGCAGAGGCAGUGGACACAUUAACAACAACCGGGGAGGUCGUGGAGGCAAAGGCCGUGGGCACAUUAACAAUAAACGGGGAGGUCGUGGAGGCAAAGACCAUGGACACUUUAACAAUGGUUCUGAAGCUGCUGAGUAUUAUAGUAAGAAUGCAAAAUCUGAAUCGGCUUCUUCCUGCACUACGAGUGCAACUGAAACAAAAGAAGCCUUGGAUGCACAUGCGCUACAACAAGGACACCAAGCUAACACUGAGGUUCAUGCUCAUCCUCAAGUGAGCCAGUCCCUGACAACACUUCUAGUAUGUGAUCUCGAUGUGAAUGUCACGGAUCGGCAGCUAUUUAGCAUCUUCGGGCGCUUCGGGCAAGUGGUCUCAUACAGUGUUUGCAGGGACAUGGCUAGCCAAUGCUCUCUUGGUUAUGGUUAUGUGACCUAUGGCAACCCUCAAGAUGCUGCUUUAGUGUUGACGGUGACGAACCUCACUAUGAAUGGAAAGCCCAUUCGAGUAAUGUAUCUCCAACAAGACUCCACCGAACACAAGAGUGGAGGCCUUAACAGCAAGAAGAGCGAUUAUGGAGGCAUGGAUGGUGCACACUCUAACAACAACCAGGGUGGUCGUGUAGGCACAGAUGGUGGAUGCUUUAAUAACAAGGAUUCUAAGCUUAGUGGUUAUACUAGUAAGAAUCCGAAUUUUGAAUCGGUUUCUUCUUGCAGUACUGAUGCAAUUGAAUCAAAAGAAGCUUCAGAUGCACCACAACUGGGACACCAAGCUAAUACUGAGGUUAAGGAUCAGGCUCAAGUUGGGAAUCCCAGUGGUGGAACCAUAUUUAUCAAGAAUUUGGAUUGGGCAAUUGAUGACGUGGCACUGCAUGCUAUGUUUUCUGCAUUUGGAAACAUUCUUUCUUGCAAGGUGGAAACAGAUGCCUCUGGUCAGUCCAAGGGGUAUGGACGCAUCGAAUAUGACAGCGAGGAAGCUGCACGGGAAGCUAUUGAGAAGGCCAAUGGCAGCAAGUUGUUGAACGGCAAGAAAAUGUAUGUAGAACCUUUUGUCAGAAAGCAAGGUAGAGCAAAGGCUAUGGAAACGACAAACUUCACUAAUGUCUUUGUGGGGAACUUAUCUGUAUCUACAACCGAAAAGGAUCUUAGGGAAGUUUUUGGUAAUUUUGGAACAAUAGUUAACGCUGUAGUUGUGAAAGAUGGAGACGGAAAAUCAGAGGGUUUUGGAUUCGUCAACUUUAAUGAUGCAUAUGAUGCUGCUUGGUCGGUGGAUGUGCUUAAUGGCCGCCACGAGUUUGAUAACAAAGUGUGGUAUGUGCGGAGAGCUUAUCAGAACAAAAAUGUUGGAAAAGCUCAGAAGAAAUUUAAUGGAAAAGCUCAGAAGAAAUGUGUGGAUGAAUCUGUUCCUUCUUCCACUGCUAAGGCAACCGAAUCAAAAAAAUCCGGGGAUACGGUUUCUCAGAAGAAAUGUAAUGGAAAAGCUCAGAAGAAAUAUGUUCCUUCUUCCACUACUAAUGAAACUGAAUCAAAGAAAGCUGUGGAAGCAGUACAAAAGGGAUUCAGAGCUAACACUAAAGUACUCUAUGUCGACGAUAAGGGGGUCGGGCACUUCAAGCUCAAAAAUCCAUGAUUUCUUAGCAAGAAAAAAGGGUUCUUGAUGUGAUAUGAUGUUUUACAACUGCAUAUGUGAAUAUGUAAAAGCUUGAAAUUCUGUUUUGUGCAUUUACCUCAGAUAAUUAAGGUUAUGAUAACAAUAUAUCUAGUUACUUACAUUGUGUUUGAGUGUUGCUCUUUACAGGGCUCUUUGCAGGGUUUUUGUUGGUCUGCUAAGCAACAUGACUUUUGUAUCAUAUAUUUUCUUCUCAUGUAGCCACCAAACAAAAAUAAUAAUACUAAUAAAGCAAAUAGGACUGAGUUUUGGUGUCUAA